AUGGCAUUACUCUUUAAAUCUUUACGUGCAAUGUUUUAUUUGCUAUUACCAAGUGAAACAUAUUUUGAAAAUAUUGAAAGUGUACCUAAUUAUGUUUUUAUGGUGACAGAAUUGUUCAUGACAUUUCAAAUAUUAGAAUUUUUUAUUUGUAUUUAUCGUGGUAAAAAUCGUCCACGAUUGAACGAUACAUUUAGUUCAGUUACAGCGGGAAUUGUUUCACGCAUUCCUACUUUAUUCUUACAGUCAAUAGAGUUAUCCGCAUAUAUUUGGAUUUAUGAUCGUCAAAGUUUAUUUAAAAGAUUACCAUGGAAUCAUCCUGUCACAUAUUGGGUUGCAUUUCUAGGAAUAGAUCUUGGAUAUUAUUGGUUUCAUCGAAUGGCACAUGAAGUCAACUUAUUUUGGGCUACACAUCAAACACAUCAUUCAGCAGAAGAUUACAAUUUAUCAACGGCAUUACGUCAAGCUAAUAAAAGAAUAGUUGUCAAUACGCCAAGUCAUCAUCGUGUUCAUCAUGGCCGAAAUGAGUAUUGUAUUGAUAAAAAUUAUGGCGGAGUGUUCAUUAUUUGGGAUAGAAUAUUUGGCACAUUUGAAAAAGAAAGACGAGAAGAACCAGUUGCUUACGGUCUUGUUCAUCCAAUAAACACAUUUGAUCCUAUAAAAACACAAUUGUGUCAUUUGCAAUAUAUGUUUGAACAAUUUUUUAAACUUGAUGGUUGGAGAAAUAAACUCGCUUUAUUUUGGAAAGGUCCUGGUUGGUAUCCUGGCGUACCUAGACUAGGUGAUGGAAAAUUUCCACCAAUCGAAUAUCCCGUUAAAGUUCAUAAUCCAGAAUUGCCAAAUUAUGUGGCCUAUUAUACGUUUAUACAUUUUUUAUAUGUAUUAAUACAAUAUGCAUCGGUGCUUAAAAGUCGAGGAGUAAGCAGAGUUAAAAGGCAGCAAUAA